UACAAGCUCAGCAGCAGUCCACUUCCUCGCCCUCUUGACGGCGGCGGCAGCUCGUCCCCACAGAGCUCGGAGCAGCACUCUGAAUACAGCAAGCGCAGCUUGACGUCGGCCUCUCGCCUCGAGAAACGCAUGGAUUCGGGCUCCUUUCCGGGCUUCUCGCCACGUCGCUCCCCCCGUCUCAGAGACACAGGCAAGCAGCCAGACGAGGGCGGAUUUUCUCCAGCGUCUCCCCGCCGCUCCCCCCGAUUAAGUCCUAAAGACAAGGGCAAGCAGCCUGAUAUCUACUGGGACAGCGCGAAAUAUAGCCCUACCGAUACCGAAAAGUACACAUUCGUUUGCCCCAUCAGAGACCUGACGCUCAUUAGUGACGACUUGAUUGCCAUCAUGGUGCAGACUAUCGCGUACCGAAAGCACGAGUUCUUCCCCAGCUGGGCUCCGAAAGAGUCUGUGCGAAUCUACUGUCCUCAGGAGGACGCAGCACAAGUCAAGGAGAAGAUACUAGAAGCAAAGGUCUGGAACGCCAGCGUCAGGGGAAAGAAAGUCGUCAACCUUCUCCAACCGGUACACUCGUUCACGAUACACACCGAACAGCUUUGGGGUUCUUAUGGGAAGAUCGAGCAAGUCAUUGACGCACUAGACCAACAGUCAAACAUGUGGAAAGAAGCCAGGAUCGUGAUGACCGGUUCAAAGAUCCCGCAGACUGUUGCAGGAACGAUCGCACAUCGAACGGCUUGGGAGACCUCACUCCGCCUCAACCCCGCAGGAAGAACCAAUGAUGUAAUUGUUCGUAAACGACGCGCACCGGUUCGUACCCAGAGAGUCGCGCAACCCGGUCCGACCACUUUCGCACCGUUGCCAACUAUUGAAGGAUUCUCAUCCCCGUCUGGCGGGGGCUGGGAGGGCUACUUUCCGUCUGGAUCCUCCUCCAGGGCUCCCACCGUCUCUUCAUCGAGCGGGUGGUGGGGCGAGCAGCAGACUGACCACCCCACUUCAAGUACUCCAAGGACUCCCACAAGUGCGCUGUUGCCUGGCACGCCUCGUCGCAAUCCCGAACGCCUAGGACGCCCUGCCCGUCCCCCCGCUCCGUACACUCUGCUAGCCGCAACCGUGCAGGGCAAGGUGAUGCAGUACCGUUUUGAAAGCUUCCAAGAGCUCGUCACCGGUCUGGAAAAGUAUCGUAUCAGUGCCGAGUAUUUCGGCCAGCGCGGGCAGGUGAUUGUUUGUGUAAAGAAGGAUGCGAACACUGUUGCGGAAAGCUUGAAAGAGCUCAAGCACGACGUCUGGAAGAUAAAACCUGAAGCCGAUGGCAGCAGACUUUUCCUCGAGGGUCCGCAGAAGAAAUUUACGGUCAAGCUCAACAACGGAGUGACGUUUGCGGUUGGUUCACAAGACAAGGCGAACAAGUUCCUUAGAGAUGAUAGUGUGCACGGCUGGGACUACGGCUUCAUCUACUGCCAUGAGGCAGGAAAAGACUUCGCCCAAGUGGACGCUCUGGUACGAAGAACUUCCAACUAUUGGAAGCCUCUUGCCUAUUUCAUUGGUGAUGAAAUGGUGUGCGCUGUCCAAAACCUUCAUGGACCUGCCUGGGUCGGGAGCGAGUGUCCAUACUGGAACGUAGACGGUCUGCCACCCGCAAGCAGAGAGAAGGAGCGCAUACGAUCUGCUUGUCCUCGGAAGUAUCUGGAAAGACACCCUACCUUGUCACUUCCCUACGGAGGAGGACUGUCUCACGGCGGGGGACCGUCCCAUGGUGGAGGACCAUCGCACGAUGAAGGACCAUCGCACGGCGGAGGACCAUCGCACGGCGGGGGACCAUCGCACGGCGGGGGACCGUACUACGGCAGCGGAUCGUCCCACGGUGGAGGAGGACCAUCACAGGGCGAGGGGCCGUACUACGGCGGCGGAGGACCACCCUACGGUGGUGGAACCUCAUUUGGCGGAGGACAGCCGUACGGCGGAGGGGGUCUGCAACGCCGUGGAGCACCUUUCGACGAGAUCGGCGAGUUGCCUUCUCCCAGAACGGAUGUUGUGGGCGAGGCCUCGGCACGGAGUCCAGUGCAGCACUCCCAACCUAACAAACUCAGCUCGACAUCCGCUCCCCGACUGGAGAAGCGCAUGGAUUUGGAGCUCUCUCUGGGGUCUUCGCGCCGCUCUCCUCACUUCAGAGAAAGGGGCAAGCAGCCGGCGCCUUCCUCCGACGAUCCAGAUUCCAGGCCCCCGACCGCUUAUACAUUCACAUGCCCCAUCACAGAUCUGAAUUUGCAAAGCGAGGACUUGGAUGACAUCAUAGCGCGAACAACCGCAUACCGAAACCACAAAGACUUUCCCGGCUUGCUUGAGGCCGGGCGCGUCCGAGUCGACUGUCCUCAGGGCGACGCCGAAAUAGUCAGGGACCGAAUAAGAGGUGAAAUGGUGUGGAACGCCGCCAUGUUUGAAAGGAAAAUCACUGUCGGAUCGACAAGGUCAUUGAAGCGCUCCGCAGAUACCCAUUCCAGUGGCAAGAAGUCAGAGUCAUCAUGACGGGCGAUACUCAACCGGAGAAUACUGCAGCUUACAUCCGUAAGAGAACGGGCUGGACGACGGAACUCAAAUUGAACAC